GGCGCCAAAGCCUUUCUGCAAGUGCAAGUCCUUCCACCGAUUCGGCCUUUGAGCCCCUCGGCAGCUGGACUGGCCUUUCGGGGUCAUUGACGCAACCAGUUCACACGCAGCUAAACGCUUACUAGCGAGUGCCAAGGGGACGGUGACGCGGGCGUGAGCGCGAAACCAUGGCACCGCGGCCGAAAACCAAGGCUGCGCUGCAGCCCGCAGGCGAGCCCUUCCUGGGCCAGUCUGAUGGUGAACAAGACGAUGUUCUCAACGCGCGGGACCAGCUGCUACACGACAACCUGCAAAACUACCUGGCCGCGGUUGGCGGGAACAAGGCGGGCGCCAAGCUGCAGCCUCUGCGGCAAGUUGCUGGCCUCGGCAACAACACAAAUGCUGCAGGCGCAACCGGUGCGGGUGGCAGCGGCGCGGCGGGAGCAGGGCUGCAGCAGGGUGGCAAGCAGGCGCAGGCACAGCAGCAGGCGCAGGCCGUGGCGCAGGCCGCGGCUAAGCGCCGGCCGGCUGCGGGCGGCCAGACCGCCGCGCAGAGGGCGCAUGCAGCCGCGGCCGCAGCAGCACACGGUGCAGCUGCGGGCCCUGGUGCAGCAGCAGGCGGUGCUGGCGGCGGCGGAGCGGCAGAUGUGGGUGCCUGCGGCGGCGCCGGUGGAAAUGGUGGUGGGGGCGGUAACGCGGCGGCCAAGCUCAACGCAGCCCUGGCGAGCAUGGCGGCGGCGGCGGGCGGCGGCGGCGGCGACAUGGGCGGCGCGGCCGGUGGCGGGGCCGGCGGUAGCGGCGGCAAGCGCAAGCAGGAGGCGGCCGGACUGGCGGCUGCGCCGGGGCGCAGCAAGCAGCCCAGGGCCGCCGCCACUGCCGCUGCGGUGCCGCUUGCGACGGACCGUGACGGCCUGCCCACACUGGAGGGCCUGCGUGCCUGGGCGGCGGCGCAGGUGGCGGCGCUGAAUGACAAGGUGUCUGGCCCCAUGAUGGCGCCCGUGAUCAAGGCCAUCGAGGAGGGCUUUAACAAGCUCAACCGGCGCGCGGCGGCCGACCACCUGGAGGUGGAGAAGCACAUCAAGACCAGCAAUGAGUCGCUGCAGACGGCCGCCAGUCAGCACGCGGCUGUGCAGCGCGACGUUCACGAGAUGCUGGAGGGGCUUCUGGACGACCUUGAGUCGGGCCGCAGCGAGCUGCUGGGGGCUCUGCGCACCGAGGUGGUGGCGCCGCUGGAGGCCGCGCUGUCCGGGCUGGCGGCCAAGUACAAGAUACGGCUGGCAGCCGACUAGCGGAUGAGAUAGCUGACUGGCUGGCUAGGGAGCUAGCGGGCUAGAGAGCUACCGGGGGCUGGUACAGCACGUGGGGGGGAUGACCGUAUGCAGCCCGGCAGGGAACGCCAGCGCGAGUAUGAGGAGCAGUGAGGAAGGCGCAAUGGCUGGCAGCGUGGGCUGUCGAUGUUGGGAUGCAAAGAGGCUGGUUCAGGACGACACCAUGCAGCCACGGCGCCUAGAGUGGGCUGACCGUCACCCCAA